UGUCAGAAAUGGUCCCGCCUCUUUUAAAAUGGCGGAAUAAAGGGUCCUGUUACAUGUUUCUUCUAUUCUCUUUCUUUAACUAUGCAUUAUCUCGAGGACUAUUUGGAAGUAAUUGAGUUCCUUCCCGAGGAGCUAAAGACACGACUUCAGGACAUAAAAGCAAAGGACGAGAGAGUACAAAGCCAAUUACAGAGUCUUGACGACAGGUCGAGGACAUUCUUUACCCUCUCGAGGAAAAACAAGCAAGAAUGGAGAGAGCAGCAGUUCAACAACCUCCAGGAGGAGUAUCAACGGGCUCUUUCCCUCAGCGAAGAAAAGGUCAAAGUUGCUAACGAGAUGUACGAACUAAUGGGGCGGUACAUGAAACGACUUGAUCAUGACCUUAACCUCUUUACGCUAGAGCUUGAAGCAGAUACCGCCGGAAUCACUGAGAUAUUAGAGCAGCGCUCGUACCAAUUAGACCAACCUCCUUCGCCCGAACGACCUUCAAUUGGCCAUAAAAGGCGUCAUACUCACCAUGACGACUUGCUUGAUCCCGAUGAUCUUAGUCCAACUCCUUCAACGCGCUCGUCUCCAAUCCAAACACGCAUUCCACAGUAUUCCAGACGAGAAAGGAAACCGACUAUAUCUCUGGCGUUUUCGACCGAGCACGAUCACGACCUUUUUGAUUUUGGCGACGAUCCUUUAACAGAUACUCCAACGAGCGAUCUUUACGCUGGAACUGGUGGGAAACCUUCUCUCACUUUUCUUGGAGACACGAGAGCUAACAGACGCAAACUAAACACUGCAGCCAGCCUGUUGGUUGACCCACCAGUACAAGAUGAGUACGUGAAUUACGUGGACCCUAACGAACCACGAUACUGUCUCUGUAAUCAGGUCUCGUAUGGCGAGAUGAUUUGCUGUGAUAAUCCGACUUGUUCCAUAGAGUGGUUUCAUUAUGGGUGUGUGGGUAUUGCUGAGGCGCCGAAAGGAAAGUGGUUCUGUCCUCAGUGUGUGGCUCAGACAAGGAGAAAGAGCAGAAAAUGAACCAAUAAAAGAGUCAUGUCCUUGAUUGUUGUUAAUAUUAUUAUUGUGCUCAUUUUUUCAUUUAAUAGACAA